AUGGCAGCUGCCCCGCUAGAGAGCUCUAGCACCCCGCCUGACGCUACUUCGACCGACACGGCGCGUUCCUCCGGCGAUUCCAUGGAAGAAAUCGAUCCCCAAUCCACUCGGAAACGGCCUCGUCUCGAUAGUGGAAGUGGUGUCUGCGAUAAUUUUCCUGCUCCCGGCGAGACGCCAACCCCGCACCCCGAAGGCGCCCCGGAUGUUCCUGCCAUAGCAGACCAGGGAGCUCCCACCCCGAACCGUCCAGCUAGCAGGGUGACCAUCAACAUGAAAUCUCCCACGAUAACAGAUAAUCGGCCCACAACCCCUGAAGACACUCCUGCCGAGGACCCCAACGCUGACACCUCCACGAAGCCCGGCGGCGACCAACCCACAAAUGUCGUAUCGCUAACGUCUACUCCCACUCGGAGCCCCGAGAUUGAGGUGGCGGAGCUGGAGGAUAUGGACCAGGAUCCCAAUACUACAAGCUGGAGGUCUUUAGGAGACGCGCUGCGCGACCCUUUGGUGCCAGACGUAGUCCAGCUUCGUGAACAGGUCUACUUGCCGGAUACUUUCCCGGUGGUUGAACAUGAUCGGGAGCCGCAUGAGAAUCUAGAUGAUAUGUGUGGGGUAUUCGAAAAAGGACACGAACACGACAGCUUAUACCUGAUUGCGGUGAGGCAGUGGUUUGAGGAAGUUGUCAACUCUCUAGAGCAGAUGACACAUGAAACUCUGAUGGACGCACGGUAUUUCUGGGACGAGAUUCCAAACCUAAUGGAGAGUGUGCUUCGCAGACCCGAUGUGUUUCAGUCAGAUGACAACGUGGAGUUAUGGAGAUGCGUUGAAGAACUUUUCGCCAGUUAUGCUCGACUGACGCUUCACCUAAUUCGUUUGGAUACUGCGCUACUUAAUCAGCUGGUUAACGAAACCGACUUGCAAGACCUAGAUAUCAUAUCCAGGACUUACGUUUCUGCUUUGGGAUGGAUAUUGACCCUUGAUAAGAUUCCAUUCUACACCUCUAUGCAGAGGCGAUACGGACAUGAGGGUUUGAACAUGGUAGCGCACCUGAACGAUCGAGUCAUAUCUGUCCCACUAAAUGGAGUCGAAAUUCUCUCACGAUACGUAUCCGGCAUCAUUGAUGUUAUGCCCCACUGGCCUCAAAUUUCAUCUGCCCUCGUGCCUUUGUUGAAGGUGGCGCAGUUCCUAGCUGAAUACAGCAGUAAUCACAAGGGAUACAGCGCAGAUAACUCUUCGCUGGAGUCCCCUGAAACUCAGCCAACUAUGGACGUGUUAUACAACAUCAUACGUUCCAUAGAUGCAGUGUAUCAGGAUCACAUCACCAAGAAAUCUCCCUGGGUAACUAGUGAGACUAGCUCCUCGAUCUUUCGUUUCCUUUCAUCAUCAUAUCUGGCCUUCUGCAACCAGAAUCCCAAUUUCGCAUCCCGUAUUGCCAAUGAUCUAUCCGUACGUGCUCCCGAAGAUGCACCACCAAAUAGCCUCCCGUUCGCUAUAUUCUAUGGUUGGAGAUUUGGCAUUUUCAGAAAGCACAUCAUUGAUGGCCGGAUGGAAUUACGUGUAGCUGGGAUCGAGGCAAUGCAGACAGAUUUCGUCACCGUCUACACCCAGUAUAUGCGAAAAGACCAUGUCGCCGGUUUGCAUAAUCCUAUUGUCCAGCUCAUGCUUGGACUCCUACGCGAAAGCAGGAUCGUCGAGUAUAUCGUCGGAGUCGACUCUCACCCUCAGUUAAUUUGCCGGAGCCAAAAUAUUGUGGGGUUUCUCGUCGUUACUGGCACAUACACCGAUGCCGAUACCGACACAAUCUGGAAAACCGUAAUAGAGAGUCCGGACCCUCGAACGGUAUCUGAAGUACUCGCAAUGCUUGUGAAAACAUUUCAUCUGCAUUCGUCUGGCUCUUCCGGCCUAUUCUAUCUAUGUUCCAAACUGCUCGAGCUACCUCUUAUUCGUUUCGAUCCGCGAAUGGUGGAAUUUUGUGAACAGCUCUUUCCCUUUUUGCGUGAAAGGAAUCCGGGUAUACAGGACUCCUUCGACCCUCCACAUGUCGACGUAAGGCCCUUGCAUCUAUGUGUACGCCUGAUUCGCGAAAGCGCGGCAUCUGAAGACCUUGCGGUGGACCACAAAGCCCUCUUGCAAAAGUUUGCUGGUGCUCAGUUAAGCUCCUUCAUUGAUGUUGGACUCAGCGACGCUGACAAGGUGGGCAUUUACGAGAGAUGCGUUCAGGACAUUGCCGAGAAGAAUCAGUUUAGUGUUGGCAGUUUCCAGGCCCUAAACGCUCUUCUCAAUAACCAAAGCUGCCAAGAAAUCCAGAAACUUGCCACAGAUUUCAACCUCACGAAUCUGGUUUUAUCCGAGAUUGCUGAGGUGAUAGAGGGAAACCAGAUUGAUUUCACAGACACAUUCUCCAGAACUGGUUUCAUUUCGCGAGUACACAUGCUUGCACGAAUUAUUGAAGGCGUACCGGAUUCGAUUAGUCCGGAACUUGGCGACAUCUUAUGGCAGAAAGUCUUCAUGUCUCCAUCUCUUACCCAGCAAGCAAGAAGAACACUUUGGGAGAUGCUUUGUGGGAUUACUCGGCACACCAUGACGGAGAACCCAUUCAUUGACCGCUGUAUUCAGCACUACCUCCUUGGAUUAUCCCCGGAGGCUUAUUCCCCUGAGGUCCUUGCGUUUUCCAAGCAGACCAUUACCUACGAGAUUCGCUUCAACCCUCCACCUAGAGUUACUGAGAACGAAGUGGUUUCUGUACCCGGAAUGGAUCGAAUAUGGAACUUUAUCCUGACUGCGCCUCCGGAUUCAAUCGAAGCUGAUGCGACUGCCUUCGCUAUAGAGGUUUAUCUCGACCAUAACAUCAUCCAUCGUUCUCCGCGUUCAUCCGUUGAAGCGACACAUAUGGCCUUGGUUGAUCGUUGCGUAGAUCAGCUUAAAUCUGCUGCAUUAAAACUCAAGACGCACACUAGUGACGCUGCAAACUUCGAGAAAGAAAACAUGGUGGUGGAAGCUCCAAUUGAUGGAACUCUCGCGGACGAAUUGAAAUUCAGCCGCUCGCUAUUCUUUCUUCGACAAUUCCUUCAAGCCCUACGCGCUCGGCCACAGUAUAGUCCACCGCAAAACUCACCCCCCAGUUUGCCAGCACGGCCGCUCAGCGGCGAGGUGAUAGAUAUCCGGUACCAGGCAUUUGAUGGCGGCUCACGUUCAAAAGUCCGUUCGUUGCGAGUUGGGGAUUUGUCUACGGCUGCGGAGCUUUUUGAUACUUUUGUGAAAGUUACGGGUUUCACCAAGCUUAUGACAAUAUAUGCGGGGCAAAGGGUAGACUUACUUGAGAAGCCCGAGCAACCGCUACGAGACCUGAAGCUUACAUCAGGGCUGUUGAUCGUCCGGAGAGAUCCGAGUUGCCGUGAGACCGUCGGACGGAAACUCCAGCCCUUGACUAUGGUUGAUACUGAGGUGUUGAAGCACUUUGAUGAUCUCUACGACCUUCUCAAUCUUGACGACCAUCUGGCCCGAGAAAUAUACGAAUUUCUCGUGGUUUUCCCGCCACAGGAAAAGGUCAUGAACCUUGUUAAGUCAACAGACCAAACCGAUGAAAAUAUGUUCCCUAUGGCCAAGCCAUUUAAAUUUCUCUACUCUGUUAAUGCACUUUCUGAGUGCCUUCGACAAGAAGCAGUGGAACCAUCCCCAAGCGAUCAAUUCGUGUCUCACAGUGUUCAGGUUGUGAUUGCCGCGUUAACCCGCCGUGAGAUAUCGGAGACGUUAGAGACUUCACCCAGGAGCAUGCUUUUCGCCUCUAGCUUGAUUGAAUGUCUUCUCUAUGCGUUGAUGGUUAAGGCACCUGUAUCGGAUGAGGUGCCCCUGAUCCCGGACUCCGCCGCCCUCAUUACUCAAGCACUUCAUAUCAUCGAAGUUGGGCAAAACCUCUCUAGAACGCAGCUCCCAGACUUUAAUACUCACAAACUAAUUUGCUGCACUUUCGCCAUUCUGGUGGAAGGGUCAAUUCGAGACACUGGCUUUUGGGCUGCAACAAAGCAACAAGUCAAGUUUGAUCAGCUUAUUUCCUCCCUUCUGAUUGGAGAAAGUCGCCAAUCCGUUCGAAAGGGAAUUGCGGACAAUAUUUCUCUUAUCUGCAGCCCUUCGAAACAGCUGAAGAAACCCAGGUUCCCGGCUUCAGAGGCACAGGAGACGAGAGAAACGGCACUCUCGGAAAAUCCGACCCGGAUUGAUAUACUUGCGACUGUAUGGGAUGCCUUUGUUCUAACCUUUCCACAUGUUCUUGAAUUCCCGGGGCAGUCUCAGGAGUUUUUCGAAAUCGCAUACGCCGUGUUUUCGUCAGUUGCGGAGAAGUCACCUCGCAAUUUGAUAUUUAGCGAUUACCUUAAGCAAUGGAGCGGUAUUAUGCUCAAACACAAGACGAACGAGUUUGUUGGCAGAGAGCCUGUGGAUCACGUUAUCUUUGGUUUUUCUCGGCUGUUGAAGUCUUGCUUGGACAUUGCAACAUCAUCCGAUAUUACCCUCGAUACCUUCAACCUUACGGAGCAACUCUUCGAUAAAUACCUUUUCCCAGAUCUCUCUAUGCCGUCUUCCGAACUUAUAGCGCCCCAAAUUCCUGUCAUGCAUACGCAAACACGGCAAGAACUCUAUGCUAUAGUUAGCCUACUCUCAAAGUAUGGUGAUAACUAUACUCAGCUUGUAGGGCGAUUGGAAGAUAUUAUCCCGCAAGAUCACACUUACCAGAUCGGUUGGUGUUUUGAACGGCAAAAAUUGAUUCGCUCGCCAGAGGGUUAUGCCGGUUUGAGAAACUUGUCAAACACUUGUUACUUGAAUUCACUUUUAAGCCAGCUGUUCAUGAAUGUUGGGUUUCGUGAAUUCAUGCUUGGCCUUAACCUUACGGAUUCCUCUGUAUCUCAAAGGCUUCUCGAUGAAACCAAGAAAGUGUUUGGAUAUAUGCAAGAAUCGUGGCUGAAGAGUGUCGAUCCUCAAGGUUUCGUUGACUCGAUUCGGACUUACGAUAACGAACCCGUCGAUGUCACUAUUCAAAUGGAUGUUGACGAAUUCUACAAUCUUCUUUUUGACCGUUGGGAGGCUCAGAUAUUGAGCCCAGAGGACAGGAAGAUAUUUAGGUCGUUUUACGGUGGCCAGCUCGUUCAACAAAUCAAAUCAAAGGAGUGUUCCCACAUCUCAGAGCGACUUGAACCAUUCUCUGCCAUUCAAUGUGACAUCAAAGGGAAGGCGAGCCUCGAGGAGAGUCUGCAGGCGUACGUCGAAGGCGAGAUCAUGCAAGGGGAUAACAAAUAUUCUUGCACCUCCUGUGGACGUCACGUUGAUGCCGUGAAGCGUGCUUGUCUCAAAGACGUGCCUGACAACCUCAUAUUCCAUCUCAAACGGUUUGACUUUGACAUGGUUUCAAUGAUACGCAGCAAGAUCAACGAUGAAUUUCAAUUUCCCGAGAGAAUAGAUAUGACGCCAUUCACAGUUGAUUAUCUGUCGGACUUGCCUGGCGAGACCCAACAGGAUGUCUUCGAGCUAGUUGGUGUUCUGGUACAUAGCGGCACAGCUGAGUCCGGUCAUUAUUAUUCGUACAUCCGGGAAAGGCCAUCUGCGAACGAAAGAGGAACCUGGGUAGAAUUCAACGAUUCGGAUGUAAGCAGAUUCGAUCCAGGAAAGAUUGCUGAGCAGUGCUUUGGUGGCUAUAGUGAUUCUCAUCACUCUGCCUCAGUGGGCCAACAGGUCCGCUUCAACAAAGUUUGGAAUGCGUACAUGUUGUUCUACCAACGCGUCCCAAAUGUGGAGUCUGCAAAGUCAAUCUACAAUGCCGCGGAAAACCACUAUCCUGUGCGCGUUCCUCUGCCCGUGCCCCUUGCCAAUCAUAUCAUGAUGGAAAAUGAGCUGUUUGUACGGACCUACUGUCUCUUAGAUCCGUACUAUUGCCUUUUCGUUCGCUAUCUUUUCGGGCGGCUCAGUGCGGACCGACUGUCAAAUAGCGAAUCGAAGACCAAGCUGGACAGGACAAUGGUUUUCAUUGCCCUUGACACUUUGGAACAGUUGUUCGCUAGAACGAAAGAUAUGGAUGCUCUCGAUGGCUAUGUUGGAGAAAUUUAUCGGGGCAUCAACGAAUUCCCGAAGGGGCCCCGGAGAGUUCUCCAGUGGGCUUUGGAAAGGCCGGCUGGCAUUCCCCAUCUUCUCAAAAGCCCGCAUCCGCAGAUCCGCCAUCAUGGAGUCAAACUCUUCGUGCACGCAUUUUCGAGAUUUCGUGAGCAUUAUAAGAAUGUGGAGGAUGGAAGCCUUGAGAAAGAGAAGUUACAUGCCUCCUAUCUAGAUGGUCUCGAGUACAUUGCUACUACUCUUGAUGGCAUGUGGCCCACAUUACACGUUGUCAGUCGCACGUGGGACGAUUACUUUGAGUUAUUGUUCUUACUUGCCAACUUUGGAUGUCAAGAAACUGGAAUAAUUCUCGAUCAUGGGUUCCUCCUUAAAUGUCUAGAAAUGGUAUGGCUAGACUAUGAGGAUUCGAAGAGGUUGAAGCGUCAGUACAUCGCCUAUUCCAAGCUCCUUGAAAAGGGCAGGAAGUUUUCGCACCGAAAACUCAUGGAUCUCAUGUCGAUCUUACUUGCAAGAAUCGAUUUGACUAUGCGGCCGGUUUCAGAUGAUGAGCGGGAAAUACUCUCCAACGGUAAAUUUUCUUUGACACUUGCGGAGAGCGAUCUCAUUCGGCCUUUGGGGGCACAGGGGGAGCUAAUCUUCCUUAAGAAGAUACUUCAUCAGUACAACAGCCCGCCAGCUUGCAGGAAUAUCUUCGGCCUUUUUAUGGAUGCCGAACCAGAAGCCGGUCUCAUGGAACCGAUUAUCCGGAUGCUAAAAGACGGUCUCCGUGUUGCACCUGCCGAGCGCUGUGCCCCAUUCCUGGAAGCCGCACUGGUACUGUGUAGGAGAAGCCCCGACGAAGAAACAAUCGUCACCGUCCUGGACUACGUUGCCAAAGGUGUGGAUACAAUCAAUGAUAGUGGAGGCAAAGAGCACCUUGCAUUCUUCACUAACUUAUUGGCUGGCCGAAAUGAACGUCUGGGUCUUGACGACACAUGGUUCGCAUCCCGUGUUAUUGUAUUGGUUCCAGACUGGGUCCCAGCUCUCCUCAUGUACCCUGAUCGGGCGAUAAGGGGCAUGACGAUGGAGCUCCUGCGCAGGAUCCUUUUUAACGAAGAAACUUCGGCUGUAGGCACGGAAUUGAAGUCACGCCAUGCAGCUAUCGCCAAGGAGCUGGUAUCCACGAGUGUUGACAAGCUACGUAAAACGUAUCUUUCAAUUCCGGGAAUCAGUGUGGAUGCAAAGGCGCUUGAAGCUAUUCGAACCGUGAUUGACCACUGCCUAACCUCGUACUUUGUUGAAACCGAGGAGGAAGACCAGGAAAUUGUCAACGAGGCACAAGCGAUUUUGACAGCGAUUGAGGAGAUGGCGGUUGAGGUCCCCGAAGAAGUAGCGUCCGGAUCUGAUGCACUUUCUGCAGAGGAAUGGGAAGAUAACUCGAUGAUGGCGAGUGACUCGGAGAUGGGGAUGGUAGGAACGCCUUAA